GUAAUCUCUUUCAACUUUUUAUAUUUCUUCUUUAUUGGUUUUUUUUUUCUUUUGAGAAAAAAAAACUAAUGUCAGAAGAGAGUGCUAUAAAUCCAGUCUUGUCAGCCAUGCAGUAAUCUUAUAAACCACAAUAAAAUCUCCACAGCAGAUUUAUUCAACAAAACUGGAAUUAAACACAAGAUGAAGAACAAGACGAUGAUGAUUACGAUCUCCUACUUCGCCAUGGCCCUCCUCUGCAUUGCCCCUUCAGAUGCUCAGACACAAGGAGUAGGUUUUGGAUAUAGAGGCAAAAACGGACCAAAUCAAUGGGGACACCUAAACCCUCACUUCACCAAAUGCGCGGUCGGUAAAUUGCAAUCUCCGAUUGAUAUCCAAAAGAGACAAAUAUUUUAUAACCGUAAAUUGGAAUCGCUACACCGAGAUUACUUCAUCACAAACGCAACGCUAGUUGACCACGUCUGUAAUGUUGCGAUGGUCUUCGCGGAAGGAGCAGGAGAUGUGAUCAUAGAAAAUAAGAACUAUACCUUAGUGCAAAUGCAUUGGCACACUCCUUCUGAACAUCAUCUUCAUGGAGUCCAAUAUGCAGCUGAGCUGCACAUGGUACACCAAGCAAAAGAUGGAAGCUUUGCUGUGGUGGCAAGUCUCUUCAAAAUCGGCGCUGAAGAGCCUUUCCUCUCUCAGAUGAAGGGUAGAUUGGUGAAGCUAAAGGAAGAGAGAAGCAAAGGGAACCAAACAGCUCAAGUGGAAGUAGGAAAAAUAGACACAAGACAUAUCGAACGUAAGACACGAAAGUUCUACAGAUACGUUGGUUCACUCACUACUCCCCCUUGCUCCGAGAACGUUAUUUGGACCAUCCUUGGCAAGGUGAGGUCAAUGUCAAAGGAGCAAGUAGAACUACUCAAAUCUCCAUUGGAUACUUCUUUCAAGAACAAUGCGAGACCUUGUCAACCCCUCAACGGCCGGAGAGUGGAGAUGUUCCACGAGCUUGUCGACGCAAAAGAAACCGGCAAUAAGAAGAAGAAACCGGCAAUAAGAAGAAGAAACCCAAUUAAAAAUUAGUUUUACAUUAUCUAUCGGUUUGUUUAGAACCCUAACUAGAUUCGUAAAAUUAGCAAUAUUUUAAAUAGUAAUCAUAUAUAUGUGGUACUUGUGUUCUUGUUUGCUACUUCUUCGAUUUCCAAAUUUAUAAUGUUGUGAUAUGAGAUAUGUGCUUACGUUGAAACAACGUGAAUCAAACUAAUAAUACUAUGUCGGAAUAAUUAAUUUGGAUC